AUGUUGGUGUUGAAGCCUCGACCACGGAAGAAUGUUGAGGUGUUGAAGCCUCGACCAGGGAAGGAUGUUGAGGUGUUGGAGCCUCGACCACGGAAGAAUGUUGAGGUGUUGAAGCCUCGACCAGGGAAGAAUGUUGAGGUGUUGGAGCCUCGACCAGGGAAGAAUGUUGAGGUGUUGAAGCUUCGACCAGGGAAGAAUGUUGAGGUGUUGAAGCCUCGACCAGGGAAGAAUGUUGAGGUGUUGGAGCCUCGACCAGGGAAGAAUGUUGAGGUGUUGAAGCCUCGACCAGGAAAGAAUGUUGAGGUGUUGAAGCCUCGACCAGGGAAGAAUGUUGAGGUGUUGGAGCCUCGACCAGGGAAGAAUGUUGAGGUGUUGAAGCCUCGACCACGGAAGAAUGUUGAGGUGUUGGAGCCUCGACCAGGGAAGAAUGUUGAGGUGUUGAAGCUUCGACCAGGGAAGAAUGUUGAGGUGUUGAAGCCUCGACCAGGGAAGAAUGUUGAAGUGUUGAAGCCUCGACCAGGGAAGAAUGUUGAGGUGUUGAAGCCUCGACCAGGAAAGAAUGUUGAGGUGUUGAAGCCUCGACCAGGAAAGAAUGUUUAUUUACCGUCUAUUGUCUAUAUAGUGUCUAUCGUCUAUCCACUAAUGCCAACUCUACCGUCCAUUACCAUCGAGGUCCGGCCAGUCGGUCCAACACAGGUGGUUGAGAUGCAAAUCGUCGGCGUCAGGAAUACAAAUGAAAAGUUUUGGGCAGGGAUGGUGUUGUGA